AUGGCUAUAUAUGUCAAUGACCUUGGCUGUCAACGCGCCCCCGCCGCGAUCGCCCGAUCGAUCACAUCACUGCAAGUCGAUCACGGAUGUGCUAGAGGUGUCCGUAGCCCGCACGUGUCCUUCCUGGUGGCUGGGUGUGAUCGGGAAUCGGUUGGAGUGAUCCCGGACAGCACUGCCAAGAUGGGCAAGAAAGGCAGCAAGGGCAGGAAGUCUCCAAGCAGCAGGGAGGAAUUCGGAGAUGAUGUCAUCGAUGACGCCAUGUCCACCACCAGCAUAGACACUUACGGGAGUGCGCUCGACUACCCCGAUGCUUUCACCGGCGGCGGCGGCGGGGCGUGGGAGGCAGCUGGGGGAGAAGAGGGCGUCAACAGCAAGGCGGUGGAUGACUUCAAGGACGGUGUUGAGCAGCUGACGGAAAAGAGGGCGUCCACGCGCGAGGCCGGCUUGAGGGCGGUCAUCAAGUUCAUGCUCCACUCGCCGGACCUCGAGCCCGUGCUGGCCAUGCGGGAGACGGUGCUCUCGGCUCUGAUCGGCGUCGCUCGCGGGAAGGGCGCGGAGUCGCAGGGGGCUCACGCGCUGCGAGCGCUUUCGGUGCUGUGCGUGUGCAUCGGGCCGGACGAGGAGGAGGCGUUUCGGGCCCUGCGGCGGCCGCUGCGGAGCCUCAUUACCCGCAGCCGCCAUGAAGGGGUUAGGGUCGCGGCGGUGCGCACCCUGGCGCUGGCAUGCUUCAUCUGCUCGAGCGACGACGACAAUACCAGCGAGACCCUGGACCUCUUGGCCGACGUAUUCAGCGGGACAAGCGAUGGCUUAGAGGUGCCGGACAAGGUGUGCGCGGCGGCGCUGUCGGGGUGGGGCCUCCUGGCCACCACGGUGUCGCGGUCUUGGGUGGCGACGCGCAUGACGAAGCAGCACCUCCGAGUGUUCAGGGAGCUGCUCUCGAGCCCGGACAUGGACGUUCGCAUGGAGGCCGGAGAGAACCUCGCUCUCCUACACGAGAGCCGAAUCAUCCUGGGGCUGGUUGGCGGCGGGGAAGGGGGGUCCGCGGAUUGGUCCGGCGGAGGGGGGGGCACCGCGGAGGCGGCGCAGGGCGGGGGCGAGGAGGAGGAGGAGGAGGAGAAGGAUGAAGGGGAUCAGGAUGAUGAUGAUGGGGCCGCGGAGAUGGAGGCGAUGGAUUUGACUGUGCUGUGGGAGGAGGUGGUGGAGGAGAUCAAGGGGUUCAUCACCGACAGCAGCAAGAAGCUGAGCCGAGAGACCAAGAAGCAGCAGCGCCGGACGUUCCGGCAGCUGUUCGCGACGAUCGGGGAGAACGAGCCUCCGGAAGAGGUGGUGAGCCUGCAGAACGGCAGCCUCACGGUGGCCGACUGGGCCCAUAUCAAGCAGCUCAACGCCCUCCGCAGCUGCCUGCAGAGCGGCUUCCAGACGCAGAUGCAGAGCAAUGAGCUCCUGAGGGAAAUCCUGGGGGUUUCCAAGUGGGGGGGUACGGGGGGCGAGAAGCCCUUCUACUCCAAGAACAGCGAGGUCCGCAAGCAGCAGACGACGAGCCGCACGCGCUCCCGGCAUAGCAAGCAGGAGGCACAGGACCACAUUUUUUCGGGGGAGGGUGCCGAAGAGAGGUGACGAUGAUUGACGAAGCCCCCCAUCCUCGCCCGGGCCCGGAACGGCAAGAAGAAGAAAGAUUGUCACACCGGCCGGUGUAGAACGUUAUGCGGUAGUCGAUCGACACGUAUCGUUCUUUUCCCGGCGGCGAUGGUUCAUGCAGCGCUCUUUACACGGGGAGGCUUGUAGAUCGCCCGGCGCUUUCGCGUUAGCCGGCAUGCAGCGCUAUUGUGUGUCUUGCACGGGGUUGGUCGCAGUUAUCCGGUGCGUUGUCCACCGCCGGGACGGUACUGCCGCCCUUGUUGCGCUUUGUUUUUUUUAAGGUAGGGGGGGGAGGGGGGGGGUACUCAUAGUCGUGCAUGCCGUAGUCGUAAGACCAUUGACCUCGCAUCCCUACAAAGCCGGGACGGAGCACGCCGGGUUCUCACCGGACCAGGCUCUCACAUCACGCGCGAAGCGCCGUGAGAUGUUCGGCUAGUCGCAUCAAGGGUGCGCUGCAUCCUGCUAGGGGUGUUCGACAUCUUGUGCUUACUUCCUUGCAUACGGAUGACAGCUGCGUAUCGCUUUAAGGGGGGGGGAAUGGCUUUGUGCGAAAAGCAGUUGGUGUGUAUAUCAACGUGAUGCCCGCUCACGCCUUUGGAUUGCUUGUGGUCGGUGGCGGCGAUGUCGACUGGUGAGAAAGUUCGAUCCCUAGCUGAGGUUAGUGCUGAAAGGGUUGUGGCCGGUAUGUGGUGGAGGCCGCCGCUGUAACCCGCGCACUGUGACGACGUCUCUGUGAGCUUGUGGGGGGGUAGCGAUGUUUGAUUGGUCCGCCGAUUUUUCUUCGUGUGUGUUUCGUGGCUCUCCUCAGGCCACUUGUUACGCU